CCAAUAGGUGAGGGCUUUCUGUAGGUGCAUCCCCCGCCGCGAAUAUGGAGGCUCCGGAGCGGUUCUGUGUCCCCGGGGAGCGGCUGUGCAGCACGGAGGAGGCCACGGCCGGCAGCGGGACAUACACGCGGCACGGAUUCAUCUUCUCCUCGCUGGCUGGGUGCGUGGAGAAGACGAGUGAGGAGAGCGGGCUGCCCAUUGUGUCUGUGGUGAGAGACAGUGACCCCCAGCUCCUGCCCGACGUGGGGGUCGUGGUGACGUGCAAGGUUUGCAGCAUUAACUCUCGCUUUGCCAAGGUGCACAUCCUGUACGUUGGCUCCACACCACUGAAAUCCAUCUUCCGGGGGACCAUACGGAAAGAAGAUAUUCGAGCCACAGAGAAAGAUAAGGUAGAAGUGUACAAGAGUUUCCGCCCUGGUGACAUAGUCCUGGCCAAAGUUAUCUCGCUGGGGGACUCACAGUCCAACUACCUGCUGUCCACAGCAGAGAAUGAGCUGGGUGUGGUGGCAGCACGCAGUGAUGCAGGGAUGCAGAUGGUGCCCAUCAGCUGGUGUGAGAUGCAGUGCCCGCGGACACACACCAAGGAAUUCCGUAAGGUGGCCCGUGUGCAGCCCGAGUUCCUGCAGACCUAGCAGCCGUGAGAGGACCUGCCGGAUGAGGAGCUGCAGGGCCAGCGCAGCCCCCAGCCUGGGGCUGGCCCAGCCAGGCCCUUGCUGGCAGAAUCGAUUUUCAGCUUUCAGAUAAUAAAUAUUUUUUGAGAGCUCUGA